AUACUAGCUCAUCGAUAAAAACAAAGCGAAAGAAAAAGUAACUAAUUUCUUUGUCGUUGCUUUGUGAAUCAUUUAAGGAAUCCAUCGGAAAUUAUUAUGGAGCCAGCUGCACAGAUAACGGAUGCCGAGAAGGUGCGAAUUGUGUCCGAUUUUAUACUCCAUGCUCCACCCGGCGAAUUCAAUGAGGUCUUCAACGAUGUCCGCGAGCUGCUAAAGAAUGAUACCCUACUGAAGGAUGGGGCCAGCCACGCCUUCUCACAGUAUAACAAGGACCAGUUGACACCGGUGCGCAUCGAGGGCAGUGAGCACAAUUCUAUCAUAUCGGAAUACAACGAUUUGGGAAACGGUCGCUUCUAUGAUCCUCGCACCAAACAAACUUUCAAAUACGAUCACUUAAGGAAAGAGGCCUCCGAAUAUCAGGAUGUAGAUGCUGAUGCAAAUGCCGAGCCCUGGCGGGCAGCCUUAGACCUCGAAGCGCUGGCCUAUACUGCCAAUCAUUAUAGACAUGGGGUCAGCUCAGUGUUUGGAAAAUCGCAGGGCAAUCAGAUCACACUAACUAUUUGCAUUGAAGAUCAUCAGUUCCAGCCGAAAAAUUACUGGAAUGGACGGUGGCGUUCCCAGUGGCAUGUGACCUUUCAAACGGGUAGUGGCACUGCUGAACUGAAAGGCGUGCUUAAGGUUCAGGUCCACUAUUACGAGGACGGCAACGUUCAGCUAGUGUCCUCGAAAGAGUGUCGCGAUAGCUUAGUAAUUUCAAAUGAACAGCAAUUCGCAAAGGAAGUCAUUCGUCUCAUCGAAGAGGCCGAAAAUGAAUAUCAAUUGGCCAUUUCGGAGAAUUAUCAAACCAUGUCGGACACAACAUUUAAGGCAAUGCGUCGACAACUGCCCAUUACCAGAACCAAAAUCGACUGGAGCAAAAUUGUUUCCUAUAGUAUUGGCAAGGAGCUUAAAACCCAAUAAGACCAGGAGCAGCAAGCGGAAGAGAUGCCAGAAUCAGGCCCCCAGACGGGAAAUAAACGGCCAAAUAGUCUUCCACUUGCAACGGCCAAGCGAGUAUUGUAGAGGGAUGUGCAGAAACUGAGCAGGAUUGCUUAGUGAGAGAAGCAGAGAACAUGUUAGCGCUUAUUAUUAAAGAAAUGAAUUCAAUGUCUGUAAUUUGCUUGAACUUAUACAUACAACCAUGAUGUAUCUAUUUCUAUAUAUACAUACAUGCAUAUAUUAUAUAUAUAUAUAUAUAUAUAAAAAAUGUGUUACAUUUACAAAAAAGUGCAUAAAAACUCAUAAACAUUUGCAUACACGCACUCAUAUAUAUAAAUAUGUAUAUAUAUAUAUAUAUACACACAGAUUAUUCAAUUAAUUUUUGGACUUGGAUCACCACCAAAUGUCGCCUUUAUCGUUCGAAAAGCAAAUACAGUUUUGAAUGUGCACCGUUCUCAUUUUUUUCAAACUACAUUUAGAAUCUAAUCCAUGGACGGUAAAUAAAACGAGUUCUAGCUUUUCCAUGAAUAACAAUAAAGAUACUUUUCGUUUUUUUUAAGAUUUGUAACAAACAAUAAAUAUUUAAGUACUGCUUGCAAAUUAGUCAAAUUUAAUGAGAAUAAACUAAAAUCAAUAAUUCGUUAA